CCAAUGGGAGGCGGCGUUGUUGGCGGCCACGGCGGCGCAGCCCUGAAGCGAACGGAGCCAGCGCCGGCGCAACUGCCGCAGGAGGAGUGAGGUGUGGGGCGCGCUGCGCCGGCAGGUGAUAAAAACCUUCAGAUGGCAGAUAACAGUUUUUCAGAUGGGGUUCCUUCAGAUUCCGUGGAGACUGCUAAAAAUGCAAGUGGUGAUGCAGAAAAGCUCACAGAUCAGGUGAUGCAGAAUCCUCAAGUUUUGGCAGCUUUACAGGAGCGACUUGACAAUGUCUCUCACACUCCUUCCAGCUACAUUGAAACUCUACCUAAAGCAGUGAAAAGAAGAAUUAACGCAUUGAAACAACUUCAGGUGAGAUGUGCUCAUAUAGAAGCCAAGUUCUAUGAAGAAGUUCAUGACUUGGAAAGAAAGUAUGCAGCAUUGUACCAGCCUCUCUUUGACAAGAGAAGAGAAUUCAUCACUGGUGAUGUUGAGCCAACAGACGCGGAGUCAGAGUGGCACAGCGAGAACGAGGAGGAGGAGGAGCUGGCUGGAGACAUGAAAAGUAAAGUAGUCAUAGCAGAAAAAGAAGCUGCAGCAGCUGAAGAACCAAAUCCCAAAGGAAUUCCGGAGUUCUGGUUUACCAUCUUCAGAAACGUAGAUAUGCUAAGUGAAUUAGUACAGGAAUACGAUGAACCAAUCUUGAAACACCUGCAGGAUAUUAAAGUGAAGUUUUCAGACCCUGGACAGCCUAUGUCUUUUGUAUUAGAGUUCCACUUUGAACCCAAUGACUACUUUACCAAUUCAGUCCUGACAAAAACGUACAAGAUGAAGUCAGAGCCAGAUAAGGCCGAUCCCUUUUCCUUUGAAGGUCCUGAAAUCGUUGACUGUGAAGGGUGUACCAUUGACUGGAAGAAAGGAAAAAACGUAACAGUCAAAACCAUCAAGAAAAAGCAGAAGCAUAAGGGUCGAGGCACUGUUAGGACGAUUACUAAACAAGUGCCCAAUGAGUCCUUUUUCAACUUCUUCAAUCCACUGAAAGCAUCUGGGGAUGGAGAAUCACUGGAUGAAGAUUCUGAAUUCACAUUAGCCUCUGAUUUUGAAAUUGGACACUUCUUCCGUGAGCGGAUCGUCCCGCGGGCUGUGCUCUACUUCACUGGGGAGGCCAUAGAGGAUGAUGACAAUUUUGAAGAAGGAGAGGAAGGAGAAGAAGAGGAAUUAGAAGGGGAUGAGGAGGGAGAAGAUGAGGACGAUGCUGAAAUUAAUCCCAAGAAGGAGCCCAGCCAGCCGGCAGAGUGCAAGCAGCAGUGAGAUGCACGCCCCACGCCGCUGCCAGGACCCUGGGCACACACGUCCUGGCCCUGCCGCAGCACAGCCGCGCGGACAGUGCUCGCUGCAUCUGACGCAUUUCCCAGUGCAUGAUUCCCACUCUCACUUUUCAUUUCUUAUUAUUUUGCUUAACUUGUACAGUGGCGACUGAAAUGCAUUUCAGAAGUAGGAGGUUUAGUUCCAGCACCCUCUGUGGCCUUGGUGCCUGUAGCUCUGGACUUUCCCAGGCCCUGCCCUUUGGGAGGGCCCCACAGACCACAUGGGGCUGGGGAGGGGGUCACGCAGGAGAAAGAGCAGAGCUGUGGGGAUGUGGGUCCAGGGCAUCUAGAGCCUACUCUACUGCUCCUGCAGCUGGACUGAGUCCUUCCCUUUCGUUUGAAGAAACCCGCACACUGUUUCCAGCCACUUAAACUGCCGCGUGGGAAGCUGCCUCAGCCUUGUAGAGCAAGGUCAUGUUCUCUUAGAACGUUGUUUUCUCGCGUUUUAUUUUUCUAGGGGUGGGGGUGGGGUUGUGGCGCACACCGGCUCUGAGGCGGGAGCUUAGUGGCUCAUCCUUGUAUUUAUUUAUUUCUUCAUGCUUGUGAGAACUUUGAACCUACACUGUCGCUCAUCCCUACAAUUUCUGAAACCACACUGGUGACACCAAGAGGAUGUGCGAUCUCCUAGCGGGAGUGAGGCCAGUGUGGAAGAAAUGCCGCUGCAUCCUGGCAUCUGUCACUGAGGCGGCAGCUUGUUCUCGUGACAUACGGACCCCUCGGUGCUGUUGGAGAGUGCAGGUUAUAGCCAGAGAGCCAUGCUUCCAGUGCUCCCUGGUUAGGGCUGGGCCGCCAGGAGCAGCUUUCCCACCCCUUGGGUGAAUGUCAAGUCUCACUUUCUCAGCCGCUCUGUCUCCGGGGGCCAUUCAUCCUGUCUUAAAAGCCCUGGGUUUGGGGUGGCCGGUUGGUGCUGGUGUGUGGGGUUUCCCAGUGUGUGACAGCAGUCCCCGGCAACCGGGGACAGCCGUGUCCAGUGUGACCAGGCGUGUAGAGUGCUCAGCCUUACCUUAUAACACAUUUGUAACUGAAUACGGUGUUUUCAAUUUGUACAGAAUAGUUAGAAUAUUCUAUUAAAGUUGUGAAACAUGAA